AUGAUACUCGGCAAAAGCGAACUAAACUUUGUCUUUGCCAUAAUCUGGUCCCAUUCCGUCAACGGCGAAGAAGUCCACGAAGCAAUUCUAGACUCUCCCCAUGGCGUGCAACUCGACGCCAAACCCCUAGAAGCAUUCCUCGCAUCAGAGCCCAGAACCAAGAAACUUGCGAUGCUGCACGGCCUUAAGGAGAGUCAUACUGGCGGUAUCCAAACAUGUUAUGGCGCAAAGGGAGGACUUGGGCUGCACCGAAAGGUUGGAGGUGUAGAGCACUGGGUCUCGACGCACUCUUCUGAGCUGAAAUAUACCGGGAUAUUCAUGAGGCUUGUUUGGACUACUGAUACGCCGAGGACAAUCGAGUGGGCACUGGAAGAGGAGAAUAAGGCACAUCCUGGUGAGGAGUUGUCUGGACCGCCGAAUUUUAUCAAGGUUCCGAACGGUGCAUCGACGGUUUUGACGUGUUAA